AGGCACUGCCCCCGGUGUGGAGCGUCACUCUAACGCAAAAAGCGCCUAUACUACAAGGGAACACUUAUACCCAGAAUGAUCAAGAACGGACAUCACCAGGCGAGCAAACCGGGCGAAGGCACGGAGGCGAAGCCGUUCGCAAUCGCCUGCAGUCCCGAGAAGAGGAGGAGAAUCAUCCGAGUCUGGUGUGAUGGGUGCUAUGACAUGGUCCAUUAUGGACACUCAAACCAGCUACGACAGGCCAAGGCUAUGGGGGACUACCUUAUAGUCGGGGUGCAUACAGAUGAAGAGAUUUCAAAGCACAAGGGCCCUCCAGUCUUUACGCAGGCAGAGAGGUACAAGAUGGUGCGGGCCAUCAAAUGGGUGGAUGAGAUAGUGGAGGGUGCCCCUUACGUCACCACUUUGGACACCCUGGACAAGUACAACUGUGACUUCUGUGUGCAUGGAGAUGACAUCACCCUGACAGUGGACGGAAAGGACACAUAUGAAGAGGUGAAAACAUCUGGCAGGUACAGGGAAUGUAAGAGGACUCAAGGUGUCUCCACCACGGACUUGGUUGGUCGCAUGCUCCUGAUGACAAAGGCACAUCACAGCAACAUAGGCAGCUCAGACUACCAGCAGCAUACAGACAACUUUGGAAGGGGUCCCAAGGGCCACAGUCCCUGGACGGGAGUGUCCCAGUUUCUGCAGACAUCCCAAAAAAUAAUCCAGUUCGCGUCAGGGAAGGAACCACAGCCUGGGGACACUAUCAUUUAUGUGGCUGGAGCCUUUGAUCUCUUCCACAUUGGCCAUGUGGAUUUCUUGGAGGCUGUGCAUAAACUGUCAGAUAAGCCAUACAUUAUUGUGGGGCUCCAUUUUGAUCAGGAGGUGAAUCGAUACAAAGGGAAGAAUUAUCCCAUCAUGAAUGUUCAUGAGAGGACGCUCAGCGUCCUAGCCUGUAGAUAUGUCUCGGAGGUGGUGAUUGGGGCUCCUUAUGCUGUUUCAAAGGAUUUGCUGGACCAUUUCAAGGUGGACCUGGUUUGUCACGGGAAGACCGAGGUGUUUCUGGACCGAGAUGGCUCUGACCCAUAUGCCGUACCCAGGACCAGAGGUAUCCUGCGUAUUGUGGACAGCAGGAACAACCUCACCACUGAUGACAUUGUACAGAGGAUAAUCAAAAACAGGCUGCUGUUUGAGGCUAGGAACCAGAAGAAGGAGGCCAAGGAAAUGGCAAUGAUCCAGGCCAUGAAGCAGCGAGAAGAGGAUAAAGCCAAAGAGAGAGCCCAGGCUGUGCUGUAGGAAGUUUGGGAGCAGGCGCUGAUCAAAGACUGCCGAGACCCACCCCCUGUCCCAGCUCCACCCACUACCGCCCCCCACCUCAGCCCCAAUUCCUGCCCCAGGCACACCCACUGCCCCCCCAUUCGGUUCCUCUUCCUCCUUAGUUACAGGGUACAGAUGCAGCUCACAGUCUGGAUUUGUCACACCAACUACAACAGUCUGCCCACAUCAUGUAAAUAUGUAUUUUUUUGUAAUAUGAACCUAUUAUAAUUGACUGAUUUCUGUAUUUAUCCCUCUCAGAUUUAAAUACACAAUGGUAACUGGAUUUUUUUGCUUGUAUGAAGCACUGGAACGUAAUAUUGUUAUUUUUAAUACAGAGAGUGCAUUUUAGAUCGAGUUGUGUCCAUAACAUUUAACAACAAAUUUAAUGUCAUCUCUUUGAAAGGCACAUUAGACACUGUGCAGUUGGUAGAGAGACAUGUGUUUCAACUUUGACCUGACCUUCCUAUUUUAAAUUGUCUUUGAGACAAAUGUCCUUUGCCUUACUUCAGAUAUGUAUGCCCUUCUAUGUUUUAAACUACCUAGACAGAAAACUGAGAUUCCUGCUCACAAUUACUGAACUAAGUCACAAGAACUAACCGUAAAACUGCUCUAGAAAUAGCAUUUGGACUCAUAUAAAAAUAAUAAAAGAUUAACCUUGGAGAGAAACAGUUGAAAACUGCAGUCGACACGAAUAGGAUCUCUGUGAGUGUGUCACUGGUGUAGAUGAUGUAAAUGGCAUGAAAUACUUGUUUAUUUAGACCACAGUCCACGUAAAUCGCUGCUUGCGUGGCGCAGUGCCUAAUCAGCUGCAGUCGGUAAGGGGUGUAGUAACACGUCCAGCCACUGGAGGUCAGUCUGCCUCUAGAAAUGCUCGAAGUGGAACUCAGUUUACUGAAAGGUAUAUGCAGGCUAUGAUUGUCAGUGGGAGACAUGUGGUGUUGGCGGUCUCAUCGGUUAUUAAGAUAUAACCCACAUCACAGUUCUGACUCCACUUCAAUCAUGUCUUGACUGAAACUGUAUUUUUGCUCUUCAGGAAACAGCUAAAAAUGAAGGGUUGACAUUAGCAGUAUAUUUUAGUUAAAUAUUCAAAUUCAAAUUGUACUGUUAAUUAAAUGUUGUUUUUAAAACUUCCAAAGAUGUCACAUAAUAAUCCGUUCACCUGACGUUUAAAAUUUCUCCUUAAUGUGGACAACACGCUGCCUCGGUGUAAAACAAAAGUCAUAUCAGGUCCUGUGUAAGACUUCCCAGUACGGUAACUAUUCGAGUGACAUCCUGAAUUCAUACAGAAUCGUAUGAAUAAAUGUGGCUAAUCCGGGAGCAGCACUAGUCAAGGACGGAAAUCUGGUGAUACUGUCAAAGGGGCAAAGCAUCCCAUUGUAUUUGGUGUAUGUCCUUGUAUAUAAAAUAUUGUAAAAACAAAUUGUUACAAUAUAUCAUUGUCAGAAUCAUCAACAUCUGUUUUCUUGCCUUUUAUUAUUUAGACUUUUAAUUUUCUUCCUGUAAUGAUCUGGUUUAUUAAAUUAUUUGUACGUGAAAA